AUGCCUAAAGACGAUUCCACCCCUGAAUCCUCCACACUGAAACCCUCCCCCUUGCACCCUACUUACUCGGUUACCAACAUUCAAACGAAGAUUCGAACGUUGGAUGGAACCAAAGUAACCUUUUCUUCUUGGGUUAAACUUUUUCGUCUACAUGUUGUCGCCUACAAGGUACUCAACCACGUCGAUGGAACCCCUGCUCCGGUUUCACCGGCUGCUGAUGUGGAAUUAUGGCAGGAGCUUGAUGCUCUAGUUUUGCAAUGGAUUUACAGCACUGUCGCUGAUGAUCUGUUAACCCGGAUUCUUCAUACCAAAACCACUACCUAUGCAACUUGGUCAAAACUAGAAAAGAUAUUUUUACGCAACAAGAAAGCCCGCGCAGCAACGCUGGAAACCAAAUUUUGUAACCUCACGUUAACAGCCUGUUCAUCCGUAGAAGAUUAUUGUCAGCGCCUCACCGAGUUGUCCAACCAACUCGCUGAUGUGGACCAACCUGUUUCUGAAUCCAGGUUGGUUCUUCAGUUGGUUCGUGGUCUUCCCGAAGAAUAG